CUAUUGCAGUGUUGGGAGUAUCUUUUAGCCACAGCUGGUAACUUCUGAGGCUCAGCUGAGUGGAAGACAUGAAAGACGUCUGUGAAGAAAGAAAAGGCAGGCUGUAAGCCUGGGGCUGUGGUCUUAAUAAGCAGCUAUCUGGUUCGAGAGACAUGUUGGAAAGGCUGAGCCCAAGCAGACUGCAGCUGAGCUUGUGUUUUGCUGGAGGUGUGGAAAGUGAGGCUAGAGAGUACACUUUUCCUCAAACCACAAGCAAGGGAAAGAAGAGCACGGCAUCGCUGAACCCCCACACAUCCCUCCUCCUCCGACCGAAGGCCCACCAAUCACCAUCACAUGUUCCCUGCUUUAGAGGUUUCAACAAGGAAGUCUUAAGCUUUCAGCUUAGAGGCAGAAGAGGGGAUAGGUUUCUGUGACCUUGCUGAAAGGAUAAAGGCCUGGGGCAGACAAAUGAACACAGAGACCUGAGGAAAGUACAGCAGACAGAAAGGCUUCAUCACACCAUCAGCCACAUCUCUGAGGCCAUGAGCUAUGAAACAAGGAGCUGGUGAACUGUCACCCUUCAUGGUGUGAGGUCGUUACAAAGAGACCAAGCAAAUAUGGAUGACAAAAGGCAGGAAAUGCAGCUUUUGAGCAACAGUAUUGCUGCCUAUGCUCAUAUUAAAGAAAACUCCGAGAGCUUCGGCCUCUACUUCGUCAUCGGCGUGUGCUUCGGCCUGGUGCUGACGCUCUGCCUGCUGGUGAUCCGCAUCUCCUGCCGGCCGCGCGCCGCGCCCGCCCCGGAGAAGAGGAGCCUGAAGGGCUGCAGCCAGGAGGAGGAGGGCGAGGACGAAGACGAGAGCGAGGAAGAGGAGGAGGAGGGGGGGGACGCCGCGGCCCCCCAGCCCGCUACCGAGACCGCCAUGGGCAACCACAGCCAGUCGGACGGCACCCUGAGCGUGAACGUCUUCACGUCGGCCGAGGAGCUGGAGCGGGCGCAGCGGCUGGAGGAGAGGGAGAGGAUCAUCCGGGAGAUCUGGAGGAACGGGCAGCCGGACAUCCUGGGCACGGGCACGGGCACCAUCGGACGGGUCCACUACUACUAACGCCUGCUCCCCGGACCGGGGCUGCUCCGUAGCCAGCAUCCCUGCUCACCGGCCCCGAUCGACGCCUGCUAACGGAGCAAGGAGACAAACACGGUCCAGCUCCUCUGUAUCUGACCUUCACCUGGGAAGCACAUAUCACUUGAAGGUGUUGUUAUCUGUAUAUCAUGGAACUCUCUUUUCUUUUAAUCUGUGCUUGAACUGAAGACUGAAAACAAGCAGGGUAUGAACCCCACCUGUGCUUCUUUCCAUCGAGAAGGUGCCUUUGAACUGUGAACUGGAGAGGAGAGGAGUGGAUAAUUGUCACACCUUUAUCCUCUUUUUUUAAAACCUUUCAGGACUGAUGAGGCGAAACAAGAGACUGUUUUUUUCCACGGCCACAGUAAGCUUGAGUAGUAGUUCGGUCUUUUUGAGACAUUUUGUUUCGGAUAUCUGUGGCCUUUCAGCCUGAGGAGUAACCCUCUAGAAAGAGAGUAAAAACAAAGAGACUCAUUUGUGCGAACAGUCCUUCUUAUAACUGUAUGUCGGAAAUGUUUUUAAAUGAGAUUAUUUUGUAUUCUGUAUUUUUAAGAGUGCACGCAAAUGUCUUAUCUCCACUGUCUCUAAAAAAAAAAACAGUUAAUAACUCCAGCAAAAUAUUCUUCUGGUACGACCCUCCCCAAAAUAACAAGUCGGAUGCUCACAUUUUUAUUUUUGUAUUCAGAAUUUUAAUAUCGAAAGUGACCGAUAAUUUCAGCCUGAAGUAAAAAGAGUCUCGGCAGUGGCUGGAUCUGAUGUUGGCGCAACUCACUAAGGCAUUUGCAUUCCUGAAGAUUACAGAAAGAAAGAAUACGUUCAUGUUUCUUUUCGUCUAUUCAUAGGAGAAAAAGAGGUAGGAUUCUGUAGACUCCCAAACCAAAGGAAAUGGCACCAUUACCCCUGAAUCCCUCGCCCACCCAUGAGCACUGUGAUGGCAGUCCAAAAAACUGCCAGUUGUGACCUCUAAAACAAACAGGAUUUUUCUUUAAAAAAAUGUUCCCUGACACAUUAGCAUUGCAAUAAAGCAAUAAUGCUGAUCUUUAUCUUGGAGGGCUUACACAACAGAAAAAAUUCUCAAGGACGGGGAGUAUUAAUGAAUGCCUCUUCAGCUUCUCCCAGAGCUAGACUUUUCCUUUCACAUGCAGGAAAAAGUUUCUCUGUGGCAGAGCAGCAGGUCCAGAAGUGAGAGCCCGCCAUUGAAAAUGUUCCAAGCUAAAAACAAAAAUGAAAACAUUCAAAAAGCUAGUUAAUACAAGAUAAUACAUAUACAUAUAAUAAAAAGCCUCAUGAAAAACAUCAAUUGAAAAUAAUGUCCUUUUUAUUUCUGCUAAUUAUAAUUACCAUGACUGAUUUUUAGUAUUACACUUGAAUUAAAUAACUGCAGUGCUGUCUUUUAAAAACACUGCAUGUUACACCUAUACAGUAUGUAUGAGUCAAAGAUAUCAGUGCUUUGUCUGGUAAGUACGUGUGAUAUGCCAAAUAGAUGUAGAUUAAUGAAAAAUGUAUUGCUUUUAUGCCAAAUUGGAUAUAUUCUAAAGUCCAAAUCAGUCAAUAAAGUCUUUGUUGGGGGCAGAGGGGGGCAGAUUUGACCAAUCUUCUAAUCCUAUUUAGUCCUUUCUUAUUGCCUAAUCAUUUCCUGGACAAAACCACCUUUCAAAACCAGUCUUUAAAUUUAGGCUUUGUAAUUCAUGGUGAGCUUAUUUUGACAUUCAGUUCAUUCCAGGUUUUAGGCGACUUCAUUCUUUUUGGUAUUAGUCAGUUCGGCUCAUUUUAAUUUACUCCAAGCCGAAUAAAAAGCAAGUUUGUUUGAAGAGCUAAGAACUGGCUUUAAAACAAAGAGCGGACGGAAUAAAAAUAAUAUUGAUAUAUGGCUUGUGUUCUAAAAUGCUCUACGGUUCAUUCCCCUCAAGGCCAUUUUAGAAUAUCACAUUAAUGCUGGAGCCUGCAGACAACAUCAGGCAGAAAAACAAGCUAAGUGUACAUUUCCACCUUUCCUGGAAAAUGCUGGACACCCAUGGCUGAACUGUGCAUAACACUCAUUUUCAGAUCACUUAGUACUGCAAGUAAAAACACUGACUGCAAUGGAACCAGACCAGACCAACGUACACACAUUCCUUCGUAGCUGUGACCCUCAGCAGCAGAUGAAGUGGCAGUGGACUAAUUGUGGUUAUGCUUUGAAGUGGUGAAUAUGCAGAGUGGCUCACUCAGUAAGAACUACUGUAGGUGUCUUGAAUUCCAGCCUGGAUCAUGUGACUAGCUGACUGUAACCAGCAUUGCCCCGAGAGGCAUCUCACAACAGGCCAGUGGUAGGCGGGGGUGGGGGGGAGGUUGGGAUCUGUCAGCUACCUGAUGAAAUAGCAGUCUCCAUGACUUUAUGGGAGCAUGCAAGAUCACAGUAAUGUCAGUGAGGGGUGCAUCUCUUCGACCAAUCGGCGUCAAACCUCCACAUUGGGUGGGCAGGUUAUAAAAUAAAUUGGUUUGAGAUUCUACAUUUCCAAAACAAAAAUAAGCUAGGGACUUGUUUUGCAUCCCUUAUCCCUUCUUCGGGGUAUUUCCAGUUCAGUCAAGAGUUCAAUUCUGAGUGCAAUAAGAGGGUUUCCCUGGAGCUGCACAAUCCAGAACAAAUUUAUCUUUAAAAGGCUGAUUGUGUUGGUUGCACUGCAGCGUUUGGUCAUAUCCGUUUGACAUUUUGAGCAUGGCCAAAGAACACAGCAGGGGCAUUGAAAUGCAAGGUGCCUUCUUUAUGCAAUUGUAACGAAAGGCUUACGUACUUACAUCUGGAGAUACAGGGUGAUCACAUGCUUAACCUCUCAGGCUCUGCUGCUGAGAAUGGGAGGCAUUAAUUUCUCGACCAAUGAUUGACAGGGGUUAUUCUGUAUGUCUGUAAAGAAGGGCUCUUCGAGCAGCCGGUACGUGAGGAAUGGUCAACAGAACAGAUCGUAUGUGUGUGAAGUUCGUGAGAGGAACAGAGUUCAAAGAGUUUGUAUUUAAGUUUUUUAUAUAAAGUGCCAUGCUUUAUUUUUUUACAACACAGCAUUUCUGAAAAGACUAAUAAUGUUCAUCAGGCAUGUGGGCAUUUGUAUAUGAAGUGCCAUAAAACCUGUCAUGUUACAGGAAGGACAGAAGAAACGUGCAGAACAACACUUUUGGGCUACAGAAAGAAAAUUCUAGACAGCAACAGACAUUUUCUUUUUUGGCCUUUGGUGCUAUUGUAAUAGAGAAAACAUUUUACAGAAAACUGACUAAUGCAUAUAUACUGUAUACAUCCUUUGUACAUUCCUGCAGAAAUUAACUUUGUCUUGGCUUUAAAUGAGGGGUUUUAAUCUUCAAUGAUCACAGUCACAUACCAAAGAGCACUGUCACGUGACAGCUAUUUUGUCUAAGAGUACAUCACAGCUGUAACAUCUAAAUGACUCUUAAGUCCGAGUUUCUGAUUUCUACAAACAACAGCCUGUUUUACUGGCAGAUGCGUUCAUGAAAGGCAUGUUAGUUUUAACAUCCUUGCUGGAUCAUCAGACAUUAUCUCCUUAGACCAUUUUUUUUUGUUAAACCCACCUGUCAUGCUGGAUUUCUCAGAAAUAUACAGGCAUUGUUUAUCUGUUGCAUUUCUGUUUACAAACCUUUAAUUGUAUUUUGUCAGUUGAAUAACUUCAUGACCCAGAAGGAGGAUACAUUUCUAAAUAUGAAUAUUUCCCCAGUUGUCUUUCUGGGAUUAAUUUAGAAUUUGAAUUAGCCUUCUGCAGGAUAUUGGAAAGAUGUUAAAAUGUCAUCUUCCUUAAGUGAUUAUUCACAUUUGUGUCAUGUACGUUUUUCACAUGAAAACGUGAGCAUUCCAAUUGUACGACAACUUCUUAUCAUUCGUAUUAUUCCCUUAAUACAGGGUAUUCAGUGGUUCUUUGUCACUUAGGCAUAUGAUGAGAUUCUUUGUUUUUUUUUUAAACUUCGAAAUAAAAAUGGCUAUUAGUAUUUUAAUAAACCAA